AUGAGAACCGUUUGUUUGUCCAUUGGAAAAAGUGCCUCCGCUUCAUCCUUCUCUCGUUCGAGGAGAACAGACGAGAACGGGAGAAGAUGGCGUCGCGGUGGCAACGACUGUAAAAACAACAACAAUAAAAGCGUUGCUGUUGUCGUGAAAGCGUCGUCGUCUCAGGAAAAGUUGUACACCCCUCCCAAGCCGUUACCGGAGGGGCCUUUGAUUUCCUUGGAACGCCAGGCGAACAAACUCAUCGUCGAUUCCGCGGUAUUCGUGAUCGAUAAGUUAUACGAAGGGCGAGAUUACCCUCGCUUUUACGCGCUCGAGACGAUCGCUCGAGUGCCGUAUUUCUCUUUCCUCUCGGUGCUGCACUUGUACGAAUCGUUCGGGUGGUGGCGAAGGGCGGAUUAUCUCAAGGUGCACUUCGCGGAGACGAUGAACGAGUACCAUCACUUGUUGAUCAUGGAAGCUAUGGGCGGGGCGGAUUCGUUCAAGGAUAGAUUUUUCGCGCAGCACGUGGCCGUGGUGUACUUUUGGGUGGCGGUUUUGAUUUACAUGGUGAGCCCGAGGAUGGCGUAUAAUUUGAGCGAACAAGUCGAAGAGCACGCGUACGCGACGUACGAUGACUUUUUAAAGAGGAAGGAAGAGGAGUUGAAACAAACGCCGGCGUGUGGGGUAGCGGUGAGUUAUUUUCAGCUCGGCGAUUUAUAUCUGUUCGAUGAGUUUCAAACGAACGUGUACGAGGGUUUGAACAAAGCGACGAACAUACGAAGGCCGAAGAUUAAAAACAUGUACGACGUGAUUGAAAACGUACGAAACGACGAGUUGGAACACGUGAAAACGAUGAGUUUUUGCCAGAAACCAGGAAAUCUGUUGAGAGCGAAUUCGAGCGUAAGAGUGCAGAAGAAAGCGCAGGAAGUUUGCGACGGUAUUGAAAAUGAUGAGAACACGAAGAACGGAGAGAAUAACGUCGACGUAAACGACGACGCGCAGGAGUGCGAUUUGAUCAUCGCUUCGGGACAGGAUUUGGAAGGCGAGAGAUCGUGCGAAGGCGUUUUGGAUUGCGUCGUGAAAGGCUUCGAAGAGAGAACGACGACGUCGACGUCGACGAUCAGUAAUAGCAGCAGAAAUAUUAAUAGCAGGAAUAAGAUGGUAUCAAACAGCGUCGUAGAAAAGAGAGAGGAGAAGGCGUAA